AUGCAGAUAUCAUAGGUCAAAAGCACACCGGAAACGGAUACAGUUAAGGGUUCAGUUGUUGCUGCAGCUGCGACAAAAAAAAGUCCAAGCAAGGUGGUAAAAAGCACUACCUAACUGUAUUAAUACAUCGGCGAGAAAUAACAAUGGCCCUUGAAUCGCGUAUCACACAGGAAGAAAUCAAGAAGGAACCAGAGAAGCCCAUUGAUCGAGAAAAGACUUGCCCCCUUCUGCUACGAGUAUUUACCACCAACAGUGGCAGACACCACAGAGCAGAUGAAUUUGCCCGUGGCAACGUUCCAUCCAGUGAGCUGCAGAUAUAUACAUGGAUGGACGCUACUCUGAAGGAGCUGACUAGCCUUGUAAAGGAAGUGUAUCCAGAGGCCAGGAAAAAGGGGACCCACUUCAGUUUUAACAUCGUCUACCCUGACCCCAGAGGCAAAGUGUACAGGUUGAAAGAUAUCGGCAGCACCGUGUCCGGCAGGAAGGGCGCAGAUGACUCGAUGACAUUGCAGUCUCAGCGCUUCCAGAUUGGAGACUAUCUGGACAUAGCUAUCACCCCACCCAACAGAGCCCCACCACUUGGCACACGCAUGAGGCCCUUCUGAACGUGCACACACAUACACACACCAACCUUCACUUUUUGUUUAUUUUUUCCAUUGCUUCAUCUUGGAUGGUUUUUGGUUCAUUUUAUAAAAUGUGAUGUGAAAUAAAGAUGUCUUUUUU